AUGGUAGACUCGAUCAACCGUAUUGCAUCCGCAUUGGAUACGGCCAAAGUGAUAACGAGGGAAGCCGCCGCGGUGGCCACUUCCAAGCUAGGUGAAUCCUCUUAUGCUUAUUAUUCCCAAAAUAUCAAUCCUCAACAGCUGUUCACUUUAUUAAACUCUCGAAACUCUAGAGAGAUUAGGGAUGCCAUGAAAAGGAUCAUAUCCAUUAUGGCUUCUGACGAUGACUCUAUCGACGUUCAAGUAUAUUUUGCGGAUGUCGUGAAGAAUAUUACCACUAAUGACACCAAAGUGAAAAGGCUCAUUCAUCUCUAUUUACUGCGAUUUGCAGAAAAUGACCCAAAUUUGACCCUCUUAUCCAUCAAUUCUCUCCAAAAAUCAUUGUCUGAUUCGAGUUCCGAGCUGAGAUGCUUUGCCCUAAGCGCCCUUUCUGAUUUGAAAAUGUCAUCACUAGCACCUAUAGUUUUGCAUACUGUCAAAAAGUUAGUCACAGAUCCAUCUGCGAUGGUUCGUGGUGAGGUCGCUCUGGCCAUUAUCAAACUAUAUAGAGCUGGAAAGCACGAGUAUCAUGAGGAGCUGUUGGAGAUUUUAAACUUUUUAAUGGCAGAUACAGAUCCUAAAGUGAUAUCAUGUGCUAUCUUUGCUUUCAAAGAAUGUUACGCUGAUCACCUGGAAUUAUUACAUGGACAUUUCCGCAGGUACUGUAAAGUUAUUAGGCAGUUAGAUUCGUGGUCGCAAUCGUAUUUAAUCGAACUAUUGAUUAGGUACUGUAAACAGUUCUUGCCAAAACCCACCGUGGUAGAUAAGUCGUCAGAAGGUUCUUUAAGAAGUUGUCCAUUACCAGAUAGGUACAAUGAGAUCGAAUACCCGCUUUACGAUGUGGUAAAUCACCCUGAUUUGGAUCUAUUUCUAAAAAGUUUAAAUCAUUUAAUUUACAGUUCCAACCCUGCAGUAAUUUUAUCAUGCUGCAAUGCUCUAUAUCAGUUGGCUUCACCAAUGCAGAUGAAAAAUACUAGAUUUAUCGAAGCAUUGGUAAGAACUGUGACUACAACCACAAAUCAAGGUAACAAAGAAAUGCUUUUGCAGACAGUUCACUUUUUAUCGAUUCUGGACCAAACUUUAUUUUUACCUUUCAUCAAAAAAUUUUUUCUCUUGCCCACAGACCCUAUUGUUGUAUCUGUCUGGAAGAUCCAGAUUUUGUCAAUGCUGAUAAACGAAUCAAAUGUUAAGGAAAUAUUCAAAGAAUUGAAAUACUAUGUAGGUAGUGCUCAUCUUCCAGAAAAAGUUGUCAUUAUGGCGGUUAAAGGGCUGUCGCAAUGUGGUCGAUUGUCAACAAGUUGGGAAUCUCAUGUAAUGAAGUGGUUAAUUAAUCACAUGGAAUCCCAUAACUUGUCCGCUUCUGUCCUAGAUGCAUAUGUGAAUGUUAUUAGAAUGUUAGUGCAAAAAAAUCCUACAAAACAUUUACGUAUAAUUUUUAAACUCGCUGAUUUAUUGGCUGCUCAAAGGAGUUUGGCCGAUAACGCCCGUGCAGGUAUUGUUUGGUUAUUUGGUGAAAUCGCCUCGAUUGAAUUUAAGAUAUGUCCAGACGUUUUGAGAAAGUUGAUUCCGAAUUUUCCGGAAGAAGGACCUGAAACAAGAUGUCAGAUCUUAGUGUUAUCAGCAAAACUAUUGUCAUAUGAUAUUGACAAUUUCAAGCAAGCGCAAAACCCUGCAAAUGGAGAUUCUAAUGCAGAAGAAUACAAUCAGAAUCACACAUACUAUGACUUUAGCAGCUCUAGGAUUUCCCAAAUGUACAAUGCGGUCCUUUACUUAGCAAAAUACGAUGACGAGUUUGAUAUCAGGGAUAGAGCAAGAAUGGUUUCAUCUUUGUUCGAUUCAGGGAAAUACGAAAUUGUUUCAUUGUUAUUACAAGCACCUAAACCCACUACAAGGAACGAUGACUUCAUCAUUUCUGCGAGACUGGAAAUACACGCUCCAGAAAUUAGGAACUUUUUCAAAGUGCUCCCUUGGAAUACGGAGAUUUCUGAAGCAGACAACGAUGUCAGAGUAGGUGUAGCAUUGAAAGACUACAAUAAAUAUAAAAAGAGUUUUUCAUCUCAAUCUUUCAUCAGUGUCAAUUCGGCAAGAUCAUUUACCUCUACUUCCAAUGCAAAUUCGGCGGGAAUUAAUGAUGACAGUAAUGAUGGUAACGGCAUCUCAGGUAAAAGCAACAUAAACACGUUUGCUUCUCAAAAUGGGAAAAAAUAUCGUUUGCAAAGCUUGGACGAAUUUUUUUCUGACAUACCAGAAAGGAAGAGCAAGUCAAAGAGGAUUAUAAGAGUAGAGGAAGAAAGUAGCGACGAAGAUGAAGACGAAUCGGAAGAAAGUAGUGAUGAAUACAGUGACUCAUCUUUGGAAACAUUUUCUUCACAUUAG